GCGCGUGUGCGCGCGCGCGCGGGGCCCCACUCGACACCGAUGGUGCGGUCGCCAUCGCUGAGGGAAAGGCGGGCGGGGAACAUGGCCGUGGAGUCUAGAGUCACGCAGGAGGAGAUCAAGAAGGAGCCGGAGAAGCCGGUGGAUCGAGAGAAGACCUGCCCUCUUCUGCUGAGAGUAUUCACAACUAAUAAUGGGAGACAUCACAGAAUGGAUGAUUUUGCCAGAGGAAAUGUCCCAUCUAGUGAGCUUCAGAUCUAUACUUGGAUGGAUGCUACAUUGAAGGAGUUAACUAGCUUAGUGAAGGAAGUUUAUCCAGAGGCACGGAAGAAAGGAACACAUUUCAGCUUUGCAAUUGUGUAUCCGGAUCCUAAACGACCCGGUUACAGAGUUAAAGAAAUUGGCACCACGGUUUCAGGAAGGAAAGGACCAGAUGACUCCAUGACAUUACAAUCACAAAAAUUUCAGAUUGGGGACUAUCUGGACAUUGCAAUUACACCGCCUAGUCGAGCACCACCGCCUCCCGGCCGUAUGAGACCUUAUUGAUGUUCUUUCCACAUCCUCUUGUGUAGUGGGGGAUAGAAACCCUCCAUAACUAGGUUUUGUAUUUGGAACAAAUGGGCCAUUAUGGAAUAUUUGUUAUUGGCCUUACUACAAUCCAACCAUUACAUAAAACAAAACCAUAUUCUAACUUCAUUGUAAACGAUGUAUUUUUGAAAAUUGAAGAGACUUGUAGGAUUUGUGUAUUGUCUUUAGUUAUGGUUUUUAAUUGGUUACUUGUUUGGACUUUAAUAAAGGUGUUCUUUGUGAAUUUUUA